AUGAGAAAUCGUCCCAGAGGACUUGGAUUACUUACAUUACCAACAGGUGUUGUUGAUGAAAGAACAGCUCCAUUUGUUCCUAAUAUGUAUGUUGCUGGUGAUAAAGCAACAAAUAAAGGACAAGCUGUUCCUGCACUACAUUUACCUGGACAAAAAGCAAUAUUUUCUGGAAGAUCUUCAUUUAAUCCAUUUACUCAAAGUGUUGCUGCAUCUUAUAAUGAAGAUCUAACAGAUUCUUGGGGUGCUGGUUUUGCUGUUCAAGGUGUUAAUAGUUAUGGAUUACAUGUAAAAGAAAAUUUUGAUGAAUUUAGUGAUUUAAAUUUUGAAAAAAGUGAUGGUGGUUAUCAACCAUUUGUCAUUGGUCUAGCUACAGGUGCAGAAUUUGAUUUAAAAAAAAUUCGUGAAAUUGCUGGUCAUCUAGAUUUACCUAUUCUAGGAUUAAAUGAAUUAUUUGAUUUUGAUGGUAGACUUUUACUAAAAGGUUUUGGUAAUGGAAUCCUUCAAAGUUCUGUAGAUUUUCCUUUAAUUUUAAGUGAUCCAGUAGAAAGAUUUGCCGGUCAUUUAAAAUACCUAAAUUAUAUGGCAGAUCGUUCCAUGCAAUAUGGUCAUGUUGUACCAUCAACAAAUCUUUUUCUUAUUGAUAGAAAAAAAAUUAUGGAUAGAUUGAUGAAUAAUAGAGCAAAUCCUACAAUGAUAGGUUGA